AUCCAUGUGCCUCCGUUACCGCCAUCCAGAGCUUCCUGUUCCACAAUGCUAAAUGUGUUACCCCCACUCAUAUGCAGAACUCUGUGCUAGACCUUUGUCUUCGCCGAGCAUGCACCCUAAAAAUGAAAAGAUCAGAUAUAGUUUCCCAACAAGCGUCACAGGACUUGCAGUCAUCAUUAAACAUU